AUGUAUACCGGGCCGCGCUAUGUGUCGAGCCGUGCAAUACUGGGCCUCCUCGGGCCGGGCUAUGUGAAGAGGAAGUUGAACUUGGAGACGGAUCACCAGUACAUAGCGGAGAGCCUGCCGGUGGGCCGGGGCAAGGCCAGAAACCCCUCUAAAGGGGCAAAGUCUCCUGGGGAGAAGUCCCGCUAUGAAACCUCGCUGAACCUCACCACCAAGCGCUUCCUGGAGCUGCUAAGCCAGUCGCCUGAUGGCGUGGUGGACCUCAACUGGGCGGCCGAGGUCCUGAAGGUGCAGAAGAGGCGCAUCUACGACAUCACCAACGUCCUGGAGGGCAUCCAGCUCAUCACCAAGAAGUCCAAGAACAACAUCCAGUGGCUGGGCAACCAGGCCACCGUGGGGGCCCCCGGCCAGCACCGGCUGCUGGAGAAGGAGCUGCGGGAGCUGCAGGCGGCCGAGCGGCAGCUGGACAACCUCAUCCAGACGUGCACGGUGCAGCUGCGCCUGCUCACUGAGGACCCUGCCAACCAGCACGCAGCCUACGUGACCUGCCAGGAUCUCCGCAGCAUUGUGGACCCAUCAGAGCAAAUGGUGAUGGUUAUCAAAGCCCCCCCGGAGACCCAGUUGCAGGUCUCGGACCCAGCGGAGGCUUUCCAGGUCUCUGUGCGAAGCACUCAGGGCCCCAUCGACGUCUUCCUCUGCCCCGAGGACAGCUCGGGGGUCUGUAGCCCCGUCAAGAGCCCCUUCAAAGCCCCCGCAGAGGAGUCAUCUCCCAGCCAUUCGCAGCCCAGAGCUUCCCCGCUCCUGCAUCCUGCCCAGGAUGUGAACAUGCCGCUGCUGCCUGGAGAGCAAGAAACACUGCUGCCUGGGACGAGCACACUGCCCAGCAAGUGCCCAGUGGAGGAGGUGAGCCUGUCGCCACUGGCCUCCAUGGACGCCCUCCUGGAGCAGAGCAGGGAGGACUUUUCGGGUUUCUUGGCGGACGAGUUCAUCAACCUGUCACCGCCGCAGGUGCAGGACUACCACUUUGGCCUGGAGGAGGGUGAGGGCAUCAGCGAACUCUUCGACUGCGACUUUGGGGACUUCACACCCUUGGACUUCUGAGGCUCUGCCCGGGUGUUCACAGGGGAGUUGCCAGGUGCGGGGGGGCACCCCCGGGCUCCUGCCCUCACAGGCAGGGCAGGCAGCGCCUCCAGCUGCAGCACCUGCAGCUCCUCUCCCUGUCC